AUGCGAAACGAAGGUCUCCACACAUGUCCGGACUGGCACCCGAGCCAGGCAAUUGUUCCAGAUUCUAUACAUAACAUUUCGGAUCACACCUCGGUAUCAGCAAGAUCACAGGAAAGUUUGAUCAAGCUCAAACGAGACCUGGAAGAAGCACAAGCUACCAGAUUGGGCCCAUCUACUGAAGACGUCCGCAGAAGCGAUUGCAUCACUGGGCACUGUUUACCCAGUUCUAUAGUGCUCAAAAACUCCGUUUCUUUUGUGGUUUGCGAUCUAAGCUUGCCCGGCGGCGACCAGCUUUGGUGCCAUAGAGGUGUGAUAGAAAAUGAAGUAGACUUACGGGAUGACCACAUCCUAUCACCGAGAAACACAGGAGUCAUUGUAAUGAUCGAAUUCGCUGUCUCAAAUCGCUGCGAAAUGCCUGCUUUCCGUUCUGUGGGCAAUGGUGAUCGUACUCGGCCAAUGCACCUGAAAGAUAUGAAUGAGUGGCUCCACUCGCCGAGGCACACGAUAGCACCGUCAGAUCUUUACAUGCACCACACGGACAAUUGCUAG